AUGGAUGCGCCCUUCGCAGACGAGGAGGAUCUUUUUCAAAGUGACUUUUACUCGCUUCUUAAUGUCAGCAAAGAUGCUUCGACUGACGAAAUCAACUAUGCAUUCCGUCGACUUAGCAAAAUGUACCACCCGGAUAAACAUAUGGAUCAGCUCAAAAAGAAACAAGCGGAAAUCAUCUUUGGAAAGUUGAAACGAGCUCAUGAAGUGUUGAUCGACAAGCAUCGGAGGACAGUGUAUGAUAUGUACGGUGAGAAAGGUCUUGAAACAGAGGGACUCGAGGUUAUUUCCCGUGUGAAAAGUCCUGCAGAAAUUAUCGCUGAAUAUGAACGACUGCAGAGAGAAAAAGAAGAGAGACGACUACAGCAGAGAACAAACCCGAGAGGGACAGUUAGUGUUGGAAUCAAUGCCACAGAUAUUUUUGACAGCUAUGAUCCAAUGGAUGUUUAUGGUGACUCUCGACCAGGGGUGGAGAUGAGCAGUAUGAGUGUGUUCCAGUCGGUCGAGUGUCCGUUAACGACGCGCGACACAGCUAUCAUCGCGGGAAACAUCUCAACGCAUAACGGGAAUGGAACCGGCGCCUUCCUUGCAACCUGGCGACGGCUCACGUCGGACAAGGGAUGGAUGGAGAUGGAGGGAACAUUUGGCAGUGAAGUUGGUGGGAGUGUGAAGGGCUUCAGACAGAUUUCAAAACGAUGUUUCGGAACAGCAUCCUGCUCUUUACAAACGACAUCACGAGGCAUCCGGCCUUCAACCUCCACAAUGCUUGCCUAUCAGUUCGACCGGAACUUUCAAGGACGAUUAACAUGGAAUGCUGGGAUACCAUCGGCCCUCAGCUCUGUCCUUGUCUUUGAUAAUCAAGACCACCAUGCUGUAAUCGCCGUGCAGCUGGGUAAAUCGAGCACGUUUCUGUCGAUGAGUUACACAAGAAAGCUGCAGGAACAUGAAGCUAAAAUGCGAGCAGCUCUCAGACUGGGUCUGACAGGCUGGAUGUUAGAAUAUGGCUUUGAGAAGAAAAUCACACAGUUCAGUGUUCUGGGUGCAACCAUGGUGAUCGGUCUACCACAAGGAGUGUCACUCAGGAUAAAAUUGUACAGAGGCAAUCAGACCUUCUUUUUCCCCAUUCACCUGUCAGAGAAUCUGUCUACCUCAGCUAUCUUCUACGGGACUGUCAUUCCAGUGGUCACGUUUUUCGCAGUCAAGCGUCUGAUAGUUGAUCCAUUUCUACAACAACAGAAGGAAAGAGAACUGGAGAAGACGAGAGAAGAGCACUCGGAGAAGAUGGCUCGGAGAAAGAGAGAAGCGGAAGCAGCGGUUGAUCUGAUGCAGGAGACAGUGGAGCGGUCCAUUGAAGCAGAGGAAAAUAAAAUUGGACUCAUUGUAGUGAAGGGACUCUAUGGAAAACUGCAGUGUAAUGACGAUGGCGAGCUGAUUGACAAGGAAUGUAUUGACGUCACAGUUCAACUACAGGCCCUAGUCAAAGACUCUAAACUGAUUCUUCCGGAAAACACUUCCAAGAGUGGUCUGCCUGGUUUCUACGACCCGUGUCUGGCGGAGGAGAAGACGCUGUUUGUGCGAUACCGGUUUCGAAAUCGACUCCACCAGAUUACUCUGAGCGACAAGGAUCCCGUCCGCCUCCCGCAGCAGAAACACGUGAUGACAGAUGAAAAUGCUCCAUUUAUCAGCAUAAACCGAUCUUGACGACACUUGUUUAAUGAGUGUGUGAGACUGUUGAAAGCUGAAUUGUUGAAAGUGAUAACACCAGACCAUCAUCUGUAUCACAUGUGUAGUUAAAUGUAUGUUCUGUGUAGUUAGCUGAUAACACCAGACCAUUGUGUAUCUCACAUGUGUAAUUAAAUGUAUGUUCUGUGUAGUUAGCUGAUAACACCAGACCAUCAUGUAUAUCACAUGUGUAAUUAAAUGUAUGUUCUGUGUAGUGAGCUGAUAACACCAGACCAUCAUGUAUAUCACGUGUGUAAUUAAAUGUAUGUUCUGUGUAGUCAGCUGAUAACACAGGACCAUCAUGUAUAUCACGUAUGUAAUUAAAUGGACGUUCUGUGUAGUCAGCUGAUAACACAGGACCAUCAUGUAUAUCACGUAUGUAAUUAAAUGUAUGUUCUGUGUAGUCAGCUGAUAACACAGGACCAUCAUGUAUAUCACGUAUGUAAUUAAAUGGACGUUCUGUGUAGUCAGCUGAUAACACAGGACCAACAUGUAUAUCACGUAUGUAAUUAAAUGGACGUUCUGUGUAGUUCAGACUCUUAGAAAUCCUGUCUGUAUAAUUAGCUGAUUCUGUGAGACACACGUACAUCACAUUAAACUGAAUGUUGUUCUGUGUAGUUGAGACACUGUAAUUAGCUUAGGCCACGAGAACACAGGCGCGUGUGCAGGGGGUGGAUUGUGGAGGUCAACCCCUCCCCGCAAGUCUUGACCCCUCCAUAAACUUCGCCAGUCUAGUACACCCAUACUAAAUUUCCUGCACAGGGGAUGGAUUUUAGAAGUCGAACCCCCCUUGCUGAAUUUGUUUUUUUAAUACAUUGUUCCGGAGUGGCAUGUCUCAACCACUAUAAAUUUCGCUCCAAACAGAUGAUGUUCUAUGUAGUUCAGACUGUGUUUGUGAUUAGCCAAUUCCUUGACCAUUAUUGUUAGUCGAGGGUGUGUUUUCUAAAACUGUUAUCAGAAGCUAUGAAAUGGCCCCGUGCGGAUUACACCUCCCAGCCCCUUACAGACAAAACAUGAAUGGUUAGGUGUACAUUGAGAAACCCUUUAAAUUUGAACAACAAAACCGUAAUAAUGAUCACGGCCUUAUCUCUGCACAGUGCAGAGUCAAAUGGGCAUUUGGUAAAAGAUUGAUAUCUAGUGUCUUGUCUGUAGGAGGACAGCCUCUCUUGAGGAGAUCCUAACUCUGUAGAGUUGAACUGGGGAUUUGGUAAACGAUUGAUAUCUAGUGUCUUGUCUGUAGGCGGACAGCCUCUCUUGAGGAGAUCCUAACUCUGUAGAGUUGAACUGGGGAUUUGGUAAACGAUUGAUAUCUAGUGUCUUGUCUGUAGGAGGACAGCCUCUCUUGAGGAGAUCCUAACUCUGUAGAGUUGAACUGGGGAUUUGGUAAACGAUUGAUAUCUAGUGUCUUGUCUGUAGGAGGACAGCCUCUCUUGAGGAGAUCCUAACUCUGUAGAGUUGAACUGGGGAUUUGGUAAACGAUUGAUAUCUAGUGUCUUGUCUGUAGGAGGACAGCCUCUCUUGAGGAGAUCCUAACUCUGUAGAGUUGAACUGGGGAUUUGGUAAAAGAUUGAUAUCUAGUGUCUUGUCUGUAGGCGGACAGCCUCUCUUGAGGAGAUCCUAACUCUGUAGAGUUGAACUGGGGAUUUGGUAAACGAUUGAUAUCUAGUGUCUUGUCUGUAGGAGGACAGCCUCUCUUGAGGAGAUCCUAACUCUGUAGAGUUGAACUGGGGAUUUGGUAAAAGAUUGAUAUCUAGUGUCUUGUCUGUAGGAGGACAGCCUCUCUUGAGGAGAUCCUAACUCUGUAGAGUUGAACUGGGGAUUUGGUAAAAGAUUGAUAUCUAGUGUCUUGUCUGUAGGAGGACAGCCUCUCUUGAGGAGAUCCUAACUCUAGAGUUGAAGUGGGCUUUUAUCAUCUCAUAAAGAAAUCCUUUUACUAGAUCUUACAUUGUCUCUGCUUUUUCUCCAAUAGAAGGAUCUGACGUGCACCUGUGACAUACAGGUGACCUUUUAUCAGUAAACACUUAUUUUGAGUGCAUCAAGCUGCAGACAUAAAUUCUAGCUGUACUUUGAUUAGAUUAAAUUUGCUAAUUUAAUGUGUGUGUGUUUAUAUAUAUAUAUAUAUAUACACAGUCAAACUUCGAUAACUCGAUCUUGAAGGGGACGAGGAAAUAGUUUGAGUUUCAGGGAGUUCGAGUUUUUGAAAUUAAUAUAUAAGAGUUCAAAUUUGAAACUGCAUUGCAGCUGGUUUAUUUCACUUAAUAUUGUAAGAAGUGUGCACUUCGCUGCCUACCUCUGAACUCUAAAAACUAUGCAUCCACAGUUGAAAGGCGAAUUAAUAUAUCAGUCACCUCACCCUCCAUUUCUGGGCCCUAUGCAAGAUUGCUUGGAUGACAAGAAAGCAGAACUUUUUAAAACCGAUCUGGCAAACCCUACAUUACCGGGUUCUUCCCCAGAUGGCUCGAUCUGUGAUGUAUACAUUUUUAACAUAACUAAAUGACUGGUAAUUGAUAAACAUUAACUGAUACAUAUAUAGAAAAGCUAAAGUUUGAUGCGAUUCACGCCUUUGAGAGCAAAAACAAACAGCGCUAACAAUUAUUACAAAUACUAUUUUUUUAGUUAACCAGACCCUGUGUCUGUAAUUAAGUAUUACGUAGCGAGGCGCUCCAACACAGAUGAACACCGAUUACCAAACAUAGGAUCAUUUCGUUCCGCUUAGUCAGCGAUCUAUUAUUCUGUAAUUAUCACCCUAAUCCUCGACAGCCAAGACCAUCCGAGACAGGCAUGCUUCACUUGUUUAACAUGAUUGACAAUACAUUCGUCUUUAAAAUACUAUCAGCAACAACAGUUUGAUCAAUCCACAUGCGUCAAGUUUUAGAGGUGCAUACUCUAUUAUAUCUUUAUGGCGGGACCAAAGAAUUAGGUCGAGAGAUCGAGGUUAUCGAGUUUUCGAAGUUUGAGUUUUCGAAGGUCGUUAUUACUAGUUUGUAUAGCAACUCGGCCGGGACAGUCGCUUCAGAUCGAGAGAUCGAAGGUGGAGUGAUCGAAGUUUGACUAUAUAUAUAUAUAUAUAUAUAUAUAUUAUAGAGUGGACUCUCUAAACCCGAUUCGCUUGGGACCGAUGAAAUAUGCUGGUUUAAACAAGAGUGCUGGUAUAGACAAGAGUGCAGGUGUAGACAAUUCGUGCAGUUACGAUUCUUGCGAUAUAGUGAUCAGAAAAUACCAAAGUAAAUAAAAUGUCCUAUUAACCAAAUGUUUGGACUCUUUUGAAAGCAAGGCUCAGCAAUGCUUGUUUUAAUGAUUGGUAUAACCCUGAAAGAGAUUUGCGUUUCUAAGAACUAGUAAAGUCCGACCCAGUGGUGGUUUUCAGUGAACACUUAUUUUGAUUGGAGCAGGAUGCAGACAGAUGAAUGUUAGCUGUGAUUUGAUUGGACAAGUGAUGAGGACUGUGGGUAAUCUUGGAUAUAAUUUUCUAAUUUAAUAUAUAUAUAUAUAGUCUGUCUUUGGUUGUGUUCUUGUUUUUCUCUUUUUAGUAACUGCAGUCUGAAUCAGACACUUUGGUUUAAACAACAUUUAAUUACUGUCUAAUAUGCGAUGAUGUCGUUUGCCAACAGGCAAAAUGUUAUACAUGUAUUAAGACCUUUGGCAAAAAUUCUUGACAAAUACACAAAGUUGGAACUGGCCAAGAGACAAAAUCUCAUAUUUUCUUAACUUCUCAAAUGUUCAGUGUUGUUAUUGUUUUGCAGAUUAUGGAACAUUAAUACAUUGUUCCCUAAACUGUUUUAUGUCCGUCUCUGUGUGUGGUGUGUGUGUGUGUGUGUGUGUGUGUGUGUGUUGGUCUGUGUGUGUUUGUUUGAUUUCUUAGAGGGGUGGGUCCACAAAAGGGGGGGUGGGGAAUGCUCAUUAUGAAUACUGUGCACCCGCUUAACAAGUAUUGAUUUAUGACAUGUCCUAUCUGUUACAUGUGUAUAUUACACACAUUACAUCAUUGCCGAGUGUUGUUCAUAGAUUUAUCUGAUGUCCUAUCUGUUACAUGUGUAUAUUACACACAUUACAUCAUUGCCGAGUGUUGUUCAUAGAUUUAUGAGAUGUCCUAUCUGUUACAUGUGUAUAUUACACACAUUACAUCAUUGCCGAGUGUUGUUCAUAGAUUUAUCUGAUGUCCUAUCUGUUACAUGUGUAUAUUACACACAUUACAUCAUUGCCGAGUGUUGUUCAUAGAUUUAUGAGAUGUCCUAUCUGUUACAUGUGUAUAUUACACACAUUAUAUUUUUGCCGAGUGUUGUUCAUAGAUUUAUCUGAUGUCAUUGCUGAGUGUUGUUCAUAGGUUUAUCUGAUGUCCUAUCUAUAACAUGUACAUUACAAACAUUAUGUUUCUCGAGUGUUGUUCAUUGGUUUUGUAAACAGAUAAAGUAUUAAAUGUA